AUGGAGGCUCCCGGUGGAAAGUCCGCGAAUCUGCCGCGCAGCAACGACGACAUGGGCUUCGUCUUCCCCACCGUCUUCACGCUGUCCCAGGAGGACAAUGCCUACCCCGGCUGUCCUAGGGAACCCAUGACGCUCGUAGAAGUGGACCUGCUCAGGCUGCGGGCGUCCAUCAUGCGCAAGGAGCGGUGGGCGGACAAGUUGGAUGACGCCGGGGUGGUCCAGCGGUGGCGACGGGAGGCCGCGGAGCAGGGAGCGGAGGAGGAGGCUGUGGACUUCGUCCUGGACGAGCUGCGCCACCUGGCGUCGCUGAGGCAGGGGCCGAUCGAGCCGGCUGUGGUGGAUGGCGUCUGGCAGGCGGACGGCAUCGUCGACGGCGACCUGACGGCCGAUCUUCUGUCUGGGGUCGCCAAGUUGGAGGACGUGCCGGAGGAGGCCAGGGACUGGCACCCGGGGUCGGACAACCAGGUGCUCGACCUCGUCCACCCCAGCCUGUUCCCCUUCGUGGCUGGCGUCUCUCGCCAGACGGAGAUUCCCGAACCUUGGGACAAAUUUGUGGGCACCGGAGAAGUGCAGGCCAUCGACAAUCGACCCAAUUGGGAUUUGAGGGGCGGCUGGCAUAGCCUGCCACAAGGCAGGUCCAAAGCCUACCAGUGGUUGCCAGCGGAGUUCGCGGUCCUGCACGAUGGGAGCGUGGCCAUCGAGAGCUACAUCAACAACUUGCACCCCCUGCUGCACCCAGGGCUGUACCGCACGAUCGGGGCCAUCUUCGGAAAGUUCGUGCCUCUGUUUGAGAGGGUGCUUACGGACGCGCUGAGCCCCAGGCUGCUACGGGUGGUGCCGCAGAGUUGCGACUACAGUGAAGUCCCCCCUGUUCCUGCCUUCAAAGCACCGGAUGCGCCUGAACAGUCUGUCAACCUCCAUGGACGCAAGUUACAGGUCAUCGUGAAGCUUGCCAACAUCGUCCUGACGCCGGACAAGCCGAGCUACUCGGGAGGCGCCUGGCACGUGGAGGGAAUGGAGAACGAGGCCAUCGUGGCCACCGGCAUCUUCUAUUACGCCCAGGACAACAUCGCCGAGUCGCGCCUGGCCUUCCGCCAGGCUGUGAGCGAGCCCGACUACGAGCAAUGCGACGACGAGGGCGUCAUGAGGGUGUACGGAAUGGAGAACGAGGGCCCGCUGAACCAAAACCUGGGGUCCGUGAUCACAGUGGGAGGCCGGUGUUUGGCGUUUCCCAACAUGCUCCAGCACCGCGUGACGCCGUUCUGCCUGAAGGAUGCCACUCAACCUGGCUACCGCAAGAUCCUGGUCUUCUUCCUGGUAGACCCCUGUCGUCGGGUGCUCUCCACCGCAACGGUGCCACCGCAACAGCGCGGUUGGCUGAAAAUGGAGAUCGCAGUGGCACUGAGGGGCAUAUUCCCGCAGACCAUUACCGACCGCGUGAGCAAGGCCAUGGAUUGGCCCGUGCGGCUGGAGGAAGCCAAGAGGCACCGCGAGGAACUCAUGAAGGAGCGCAAAUUCUUUGUGAACGAAGCCACCACCGAGCUAUUCGAGAGGGAGUUCUCUUUGUGCGAACACUGA